UUUCAGGGAGUAAACUCUAGUGAGACGCAUGUUGGAGAAGAUGACAGCAUGGAGGUGGAUGUAUAUGACAAAUCGAACAUUUCUCAGAGACAAGCUGCCUUUCUACUCUUCAGCAAGUUCACAAAGGAGGUCUUGUGUAGGAUGAAGCAAUUUAAAGAAGACUUGCUGGCAUCAUGUUUGAUGUUAGUGCUUGCCCUUCCAAGAGAAAUAGUGGAGCUUCACAUGACUAGCAUAGUACCAGCCUUACAGAGUGCAUUCAAAAUAGGGUUGAGUUAUCUGCCCCUGGCUGUUGCUGGCCUCAAAGCCCUUGAGCACUGGUCAUCCACUCUACCCAAGCAUGUUAUUACACCACAUUAUGAACAGCUUCUGCCUUGUCUGGAUGCUUACCUCAAAACUAAAGUGAAUGAAGCAGACAGCUCAGAGACUACUGUUGCAUUGACAUCUAGCAAAGCAAGUAAAGGAAGGAAGAAGAUACCUGUUAGAGUGAAGCAAACCACAGCUAACAGAAAAUCUAAUAAUCAGCAGUCCACUGAAAGCCAGUUAAGUGUUGUCCAGCAGACCUGUGUAAGGUUGCUAGGGCAACUUGGAGGCAACAACAAUAUCCACCUGGUUAAAAUCACUAAAGAGGAUAUAGCCAAACAUGCGCUAGCCUGGGACACAGAAAAACAUCUGAGAUUUGAUGUGCCUUUCAUGGAUAUUAAACCAGCUGUUUACUUUGAUACUUUCCUACCAAGAAUCACAGAGCUCUCUCUGGGUUCAAGUGACAGGCAAACUAAAGUGGCUGCUUGUGAGCUUUUGCAUUCUGUCGUCCUUUUCAUGCUGGGAAAAGGUUCUAUACAGCCAGAUUCCACUCUUGAGAAACAUCCUAUGGUAGCUCUCUACAGGAAGGUCUUCCCUGUCAUCUUAAAACUUGCCUCAGAUGUUGAACAGGUAGCUAAACAGUUGUUUGACCCUCUCACCAUGCAGUUGAUCCACUGGUUUACUAAGAACGAAGUAUUUGAGAGCCCCGAGACCGUUGCAUUAUUGGAUGCCAUAGUAGAUGGUCUGCACCACCCUACAGACACUGCUCUCAGAGAUUUCUCAGCACAGGGCCUCAAAGAAUUCCUUAAGUGGUCAAUCAAGCAAACAACACCAAAGCAAUUGGAGAAGAAACCCAUAAAUGUGAAGUCCAUAUUGAAGCGGUUGUAUAGCAAUGCCCUCCACCCGAGUGCCUUUAAGCGGCUUGGAUCUGCACUAGGCUUCAAUGCUAUAUACACAGUGUUCAGGGAGGUUGACUCACUUGUGGAUACUUUCAUAUUUGAGAUUCUAGCUGUUUAUGUGGAGAGUCUAGCUAUGGCUCACAAAGAUGACAAGUCCCUUGGCACCCAAGAACAAUGCAAGCAGGCAAUACAUCAUGCUGAACGCAUCAUUAAGGCUAAAGCUGACAUGUUGCACAAAGACAAAGAAUCCAGAAGAGCAGGAGGGGAUUGGAAACGGAAGAAUUUGUUCUAUGCAGUUAAAUGGCUCCUGAGACAGUGUGGAAGGCCACAGACUGAGUGUCGUCAUGUAUGUAUGGAACUCUUCUGCACUCUGGCUCCUUGUUCUAAACUAAAAAGUGUUGAUAUCAAGUCUGGAAAGCAGUUCAUUGAACUGCACAUGAACAAAGACAGCAAACAUAUCACCCUACGGUUUGAAGGGGCAUCUUACAUGAAUGAAGAGUAUCGUAUAGGCCUGACUACACGAUCAACCAUAGAUAAGAUGGAUGUUGUGUUCUCCAUAUCGAAGGUGAUGGAGUGGUUUGACCUGCUCCAAGCAUCAUUAGAGUGCUAUACAUGGCUGUUUGGGCAGGAUUUGAGUAAACCUAGUAUCAUAUUUGAUAAAGAGAGAGGCUCUGUGUUGUUUGAUUCUCUAUGUCACUUCACCAAGGAAAUAGCCCUAGAGAAUAUAGAUGGUGUUGCAAAACUGUUCAAAGAGAAGCAUGAAACUGGCAUAUUUACUCCUAAGGAGGUGGAUGACUUUAACAGGGCCAAGUGUACCACAAUAGUGAGAGUACUAGACUUUCUGAUGGCUGUGCUACAGCCUAAACAUAAGGCUGACACUCUCAAGGUGAUGCACAAGGACCUAUUAAGUGCCCCCCUGUGGAACAUGGUUAUCCUGUGCAUACUGAACCCUGCCUCCCUGGGCUUCAACAUGGCUGAUGUGGAGACUAUGAUCCAACUACCUAAAGAGACUGAAGGCUUGCUAACUAUACUAAAGAGAUCCCUUCCCGAGUCUGUCCUGAAAGAUUUCUACAGAGCAAUCAGGACCAAGAUAACAGACAAGAGUAUGAGUCUAUCAGAGAUGUUGCCAAUACAGCUAUCAGACCCAGCUCUAGACCACAUACACACAACACAUCUAAUACAUGGCUAUGAACAGCUCUACAACUCGGGGGUUUUGCCAGCCCUACAAGACAAGGCGACUAUAGUUGGACUUUCUAAACAGAUGGCCCAGACUGUCAUCAAAGGCAUCACUAUAGAAGAGGGACCACAAAUGAGAGUGGAGGCUCUGUCACCCUCAGCACUGGAGUUAGCAAGGUGCUUACUGGAGUUUGCCAUACUCACAGGGUUCAAUGCAGAUGAUCUAACAGCAUAUAUUCUUGAUAAGACUGUAAUAUUGAAUGUAUCUGGACAGACCACCAGCUACCUUGGUGUCACCUUCUACUCUCUAUUCCAAAAUGCAAUUAAUAAACAUCUGAUCCUACACAGUGACUCUGUCCUCCCAAAAUUGUUGAAGCAAGCAGCAAAAGAGAGAUUCAUUGUAUCAGAUGUACUUACUGGUACACUUGAUCAACUCAUCAGGAACAAACAACAAAGAAAAGAUCAUGGUUCAAAGUUUGUGCAUCUGCUAUUAGAACAGUGGCACCAUCUAUCUUCUUGGUGGGAGCCUGAUGCAACACAAGAACAACGUACAAUCAUCCUUGCCCUCAUUACAAAGAUCUUACUCAUUGACUCAAAGGCAUCCACUGAUGUUGACCAAUCUGGAUUCAAGGCUAUGUUUGACACAUACUGCUUCUUUCUCACUGAUCCUAAAACAGCCCUCGUCUUCAAGACUAAGGUGCUAGACUUGCUUCCAUUCUUUACAGUUCUGCCUCAGCAAUACAUAGAAAAGCUUAAGGAACGGUUGGAUAGGUUUGUGUCGGACCACUUUCCAUCCCGCAGUUCAGAGUUCACAAUCGGCACUCCUAAACACACUGACUAUAUAGCAGCCCUCAAUAAGUUGCUCUACAGUCUUGAGUUGUCAGGCAGUCUGAUGUUACUGGAUCUACUCAUCAGUGUGGUGUGCAGAGAAGCCAGCCAUAUACAUGAGGAUGAAAUACAGCUUACCCUUACCAGAUUCAUUAAAAGACUACCACAAGACAAACAGAAAGAGGCAUUGGAUAUUCCAGUGAAUUACUUCACCAAACAGAAUUCUUUCCCAAAUGUUAUACGACGGGCCUCGAUAGAACGCAUAUGUCUUCCCAUGAUGCAUCUGGUACACUCAGCUGCCCUAAAGGAGUUCUUUGUUGUACAUAUCAAAGAACUGAUGGCAAUGGUUGAUGGUCCUUUAAGAAAGACACCAGAGACUGCCUUUGAGACUCAACUGACCAAUAGAAUAUGUGCUUAUGGCAUGAUUGAGGUGAUGUAUUCACGUCUUACUCUCCAAGAUGUCAACACCAAGGACUCUAUCAUAAAUGAGCGCUACAUGGAUUAUAAUGCAAAGACUGGAAAAGAACUAACUGUUAAGAUUGCAGGACUUGCAUUGGGUGCUAAAAGGGAGGACUGUAGGGGAGAGACAACCCUUGAGGAACUAAGACGUCAGUACCACUGUGCCGCCUGUAACUGUCUUAUUGCACUGACAUCUUGUACUCAGACUACAAUGAAGUUCUUCUCUACAUUCACAUUCCAGGAUGACAUGGCAAAGGGGAAAUUCAUGUUUGACAACAUCAUAGACAAAAACAAACCAUACACCUUUGAUAUUGAAUUAACAUCCCCACUUUCUCGUAAGAAAAAGUUUGUGGCGAUACGCAGUGAGGUGAGAGAGGCUCAGACUGAUGAUGUCACAGAAUCGCAAAUGCCUUCUUCAGUGCAUUAUUUAGCGUCACAAUACCUCGCUGACAGCAGCCUGAGUUCUGACCUGAAUCAGUAUGACUUCAGUAGCACUCAACACUUCUCUGGUAGCAGCAUUGAGAGAGCCCCCAGCAGAGCUACAGAGAGAAGGCACAGCUCAAAUGAUGAACAGGAUCCAACUGUAGUAGUGCAGGGUGAUUUUAUGGAGAUGGAGAUGGACCCAUUGAACCAGCAUGAAUGUAUGGCUCCAUUGAUUGGCAUCCUCAGACACAUGAAGCUCAAUAAUAUAUACACAGAUUCACAACCUGUGACAAGUAUGCCCAGCUGGAUGGAGGCAUUGGAGAAGAAAAUGAAGGACUCUACAACUCAUGUCAACAUUAAAUUGUUCAUAGCAAAACUGAUCAUCAAUACGGAAGAGUUGUUCCGCCCAUAUGCAAAAUACUGGUUGUCCCCGAUUGUACAGCUUAUUGUUGGAGGUGACAAUACGAGCCCUGGACUUCACUAUAUGGCAGUUGAUCUGAUUGUCACGCUCCUCUCUUGGGCAACUGUUGCCAUACCAGAGGACACUACAGUUGAUCGCGCCAUGGCAAGUAGGCUGGUCGAGUUUGUUAUGGCAAAUACAUAUCACCCAACAAAACAGGUCUUCAAGAACAACCUGGAAAUGUUAAAGACACUCAUUGAAUGCUGGAAAUCUAGAAUUGAAGUCCCAACUAAGGUCUUAUACAGUCAGUUCAGUAAGGUUGAUCUAGCUAGUAAAGAGAAUGAGACUGGGAUUCAGAUGUUAGGAGUGCUUCUGGCAAACAAACUCACUCCCUAUAAACCUACUGGAUCAGUGGAAAGAGACAAGUUCUACCAAAGUUUAGCCAAUAACAUGGGCUUUAAGUACAAGUCUGUUUAUGCAGCUUCAGCUGAGGUGGUAGGAAUGACCCUAAAGCACAUGGCAGAUAACCCUAAAUCACAUCCAGAGGGUUACCUCAACAGCUAUAUAAAGUUUAUUACUAGUCUGCUCAAUGACAUGUCGCAGCACAAGAAGGACAAUUUUAUAAUAUCGGUCCACAAGAUGGCGCUGCAGUUUCCACCAAUCACAGACAAAUUCAUGACAAAGCUGUUGUUUAUGCUGCCUGGUCUCCAUGGUGAAUACCGCACACAUGCCUUAGAGGCCAUACUUUCUAGAGUUGAUAACAUACCAAACCUGUUCAUAGAACUAAAAGCUAAGGGGUUCCUAACAAUGCUCAGUCACAGAGAUGAAUCAACUCAGCUGGUCUCCCUUAAAAUUGUGAAUGGAAUGUUGAAGAAAAUUUCACCGGAGGAACUUCUGUAUUUCCUACCAGAUGUCGCCACCUUCUCCAAACACCCCAGCGCCAUCUGUAGGACUGUUAUGUAUGACAUCAUGAUGUGGAUUUAUGAUAACUACAGGGAGGAAGAGAGUGAGCAAGGCCACACAAUUAUGAACCUCACCAAACAGUGUCUCUUGCAAGGCCUCUCUGAUGAAGACAUAAAGAACAGGUUGACUGUGCAGAACUUCUGGAGUGAUGAAAGUAGACUGCCCACAGGGACAAUAGAGCGCAUGGCUGCCAUGCUUGAAGCCAUGUACUCACCAUCCACAGAGAGCCACUAUUUAAGCUAUGCCACAAACCUACUGCUUGAGAUGACAUCAAAGAGUCCUGAUUUCAACCGGCAGAUUUUUGAGCACCCAUUGUCAGAGUGCACAUUUAAUGAUUACAAGGUUCAGUCUGACUGGAGACAACGUCAUGCAUCAAUGAUGCCAAUGUUUGCAGAGACUAUGCAAUCACAGUCCUCAAGUGGAUCUGAGGAGUCAUUGAUGCAAGGUGGGGUGCGUGCCACACAGGAUGUACAGCAAUUUACGGCAACUCAAGAUAUGACUGAUGGAGGGAAAGGGCCUUACAAUUGGCUUACACAGAGCAGCUUGGACACUCUCCAGGCAGACCAGAGCUUCUCCAUGACAACCACCCAGACACAGGGGGCCUCAUCCCUGUUAUUCACCAUUGGGAAGAGCUCUGCAAGGAAAGGAAGAGCAAUACCCAAAAGAAAACUUCAUCCAGGAGCAGGGUUUGGUACUUCAAAGUUAGGUGGAGCAAGACGGGGAGAAGAUCAAGUUGAUGGGGAACAAGGUGGCGAAAGUCAAGCUGAAGUGCUGCGUUUGAAGAGACGGUUCCUAAAAAGUCAAGCAGAGUCCAGGAAUUUCUUUGCAAGAAGGUCGAUGAAAAUGAAAAAAAUACGAGAGGAGAAACUGAAAGAGCAGAGAAGUAAGAGGGAAAGUCAGGUGACAAUGUAUCGCAAGUAUCGGAUAGGUGACCUACCAGAUAUACAGAUUAAAUAUUCCUACAUUAUUGCUCCACUACAAGCAUUAGCUAUGCGUGACAGUACAUUGGCCAAGCUUUUAUUCAGUAACCUCUUCCAAGCCAUAUAUGAUGCCAUAGAACAUCAGAAAACUGAAAGAGAAGCAGGGAUCCUCAAUGAGCAAAUAGAGACAAGUCUAAAUAACAUGAUAUCCACAUCGAUCCAGUACUAUCCACCUUUCAUAGGUUGUGUAAUGGACAUUGCUUACAACAAAGCCAAGAAAGUGAAACUAGAUCCAUCGUCAGUGAACACAGCUUGCCUCACAAGUUUGCAGCAGCCUAUAGGUAUUAUCUUACUGGAGGAGAUGCUACUUCAAACUGAUGCCGAGCCUGUACCAAAAAAGAGAGCAAGAACAACAAACAAGACGGUCUCAGCUGAUACAGCCAAAUGGAUUGAACUUGCCAGGCUUUAUAGGUCUUUGGAAGAGUAUGAUGUUUUACAUGGUAUAUUUGGUGGUAAGAUCGGCACUCAAAAUAUUACCCAGAAUGCACUUAUGCUAGAGGCCCGUGGCGACUACUUGGCUGCUGCAAAGGAAUAUAACAAGGCUUUGGAGCAAGAAGAUUGGCCUGGGGAUGAGGCACCAAGUUCUGCUGAGAAAGAUCUAUGGGACAACAACAGACUUCAGUGCUAUGACCAUCUUACACAAUGGCAGAAACUGCAGGAGGUCAGUACAGAGCAGAUAGAUGAUAAUGAUCCACCACGACUUGAUAACAUCUGGGAUGAUACAUACUAUCAGGAGUAUUAUUUGCCAUUUGUGCUGCGUAGCAAGGUGAAACAGAUGAUCUGCCAAACUGGAGGGGAACAGCAGGAUCUGCUUGAUUUUGUCAACAAUGCAAUGAAUCACCCAGAUAGGAAAAACCUUCUUGAGAAUUACUACUGUGAGGAGUUAGCCAUGAUGUAUCUGUGGAAUGAACAGGAUGACAGGGCCAGACAUUAUGCUUCUGUUGCAGAACAAGCCUUUAUACAGGAUUGGUGUGCUAUGGAUGUUCUGAUGCGCUCCAGCAGAUCAUCUAAGCUUCACCAGGUUCACCGCCUCACUGAGAUGCAAGAAUAUCUGCAGUUCAUCACACAUGAAAGUAACUUUGAAAGUAAAGAGCCUUUUAAGCGAUUGCUCAACAGAUGGCAGGAGCGAAGUCCUAGUGUACUAAAUGACCCCUCUGGAGUAUGGGAUGAUGUCAUCACAAAUAGAUGUGCAUACCUGAGACUGUUAGAAGGUAAACUAGAAGAUAGGGGUUGCAACAUUAAGGAUUUGGUGAAAGAGGCGUCCAUGACAUUCCGAUUGGCGCAAGCCAGCAGUGCAAUGGAGCAGAACAACAGAGGAGUCACACUGGCUAUAUUGAAAGAAACACGUAAUUCUCUUGGCCAGAGUAGUGAAGAGAAUGCACUAAGAUGGAAUCAUAUAUUUGCCCAGAUGAAGAUGAACACCAUUGAAUCAAAUGCCAGUCCUGAACAAGACAACUUGACAGAACUCCACAAAACAUUAGACAGGCUAUUAAACCAUUGCCGGUUUGAAAUUCUUAGUUCUGAUAUUCACCUCAAGAGGGGGCACCAUAUGCUUGUCUCUAGGGGUUUCAAGAUGGCUGCCUCUACUAUCUUGCAAUCUGGAAGUAUGAGACCAUUUGAUGAUGAAGAGAUUGGGAAACUUACAGCCUUGACUGGCUCCAAAAAGAAUUCUUUUGAAGAGAUCUGCAGCAGUUUGAUAGAGUCUGGCUAUAGACAUGCUAAGAAGUCCCUAGAAGACUCAAAAGAUACUUCUGCGAUGUCAAAGUCGAACCAGGAUGAUGUAGCGAAAGCACACAUGUCCCUUGUGCGAUAUUGUGAUACAUUCAUAAGAAAGCAAGAAUCAGAUCCUAAACCUGAAGUCCAAUGUGGCUCAUUCAAUGCAUUCCCUGAACAGAUAAUGACGUCCACCUUAUGUGCCAUGAAAUUGAAUUGUGACGAAGCUCGUCAAAGGUUCCCGCGACUCUUACAGCUCAUUAUGCUCUAUCCUGAUACAAUGAGCCUGUUUAAAGGACUGGUGUCUGAAGUGCCCUGCUGGAUGUUCAUUGGAUGGUUGGGGCAGAUGGUGGCAGUGAUGGACAAGGCUGAGGCUCCUGCAGUAUGGAAUAUACUGGAAGAUAUAGCCAAACACUAUCCACAUGCAUUGGUCUAUCCAUUUAGGAUCACACGAGAGGGUUACAGUUUCAAGGAUUCAGCUGUUGGCAAGAAGAGUCAAGUUGUAUCCAAUAGAAUUUCUGCUUUGCUGAAGAGAGCCACCUCCACAGCAUCCCAAGACCAAGCCACACUACUGAUACAAGCCCUGAGUCAACUUGGACAACCAAAUCUCCUGUUCAACGACUUUGUUGAUCUUUUGAAAAGAAGGGAUAUGACCAAAGAAAAUGCUGUGAACCUGUAUAAGGAGAUAUAUGAACAACUACUUACUACUGUAGCUGAUGUUAAAAAGGAAAGACCAGAUGUGUCAUCAAGUCAGAAAGACCUGUAUGAUGAUGACAGUGAUAGUGAAGCUAGGGAGGACCCAAUGCCAAUGAUACUUGGACAUUAUCGAUCCACUUUUGCACUUGAAUUUAAAAAAGAAGCAGAUAAACUGUUUGGAAAAAAGUUUGAACUCAUAAAGAACAUGCCUUUGAAGGACAUACAAGCAAAGGCUGAUAAACUCAAGGAAAAGAAUACUCCAGAAAAACUAUCAGAAUACUCAAGGUGGUUCGUGGAGUUUUCAAAACAAGACAAACCACUCGUUUUAGAAAUACCAGGUCAAUAUGAUGGACAGUCUAAGCCAAUGCCUGAGUACCACACCAAGAUAGCAGGCUUUGAGGAAAAGGUCCUUGUUCUAACAUCCAUACGCAGGCCUAGGCGUAUAAGCAUACGAGGCAGUGAUGAGAAGGAGCAUAAAUAUCUUGUUAAAGGAGGCGAGGACCUGAGGCAGGAUCAGAGAGUACAACAGCUACAAGUCAUCAUGAACCAAAUCUUGAAGAAAGACACAGCAUGUAGUCAUAGAAACCUACAGCUUGUUACCUAUCAGGUUAUUCCAAUGACAACAAGGGUUGGUAUAAUAGAGUGGGUCUCUAACAGUACAACAUUAAAGACCUUUCUCCAUGAUGCUCUGAGCAAAGAUGAGAUGAUUAGAAUAAGCAAGGCAGGUACUUCACAUUAUAACAUGGUAUUUGGCAAGAAAUUCACAAGAAAGCAACAGAAUCAAGCAUACUGGUAUAUGUAUGGUAAUCUAUCCAAAACAGCAAUAGAACAGGAGUUCAAAGAAAAGCAGAAUUAUUACCCAUGGGAUUUAUCAAGGCGUGCAUUCAAACAGAUGAGUCGUUCUCCGGAGGCUUUCUUCACUCUUAGAUCUCAGUUCAUGCGUUCAUACUCCACAAUGUGUAUAUGUCAGUAUAUCAUGGGUAUUGGAGACCGACAUCUCAGCAACUCUAUGGUGAAUACAGCCACUGGUGAGGUGGUUGGAAUUGAUUUUGGCCACAUGUUUGGUUCUGCAACAAUUUUUCUGGCAAUCCCUGAGCUAAUGCCAUUCCGAUUGACGAACCAACUGUUGAGUCUAAUGAUGCCGUUGCGGGAUACAGGCUUAGUGGAACAGACAAUGGUGCACACACUCAGGGCGUUACGGGGCAAUACAGACCUCCUAAUCAAUACAAUGGAUGUAUUCAUUCAUGAUGUCUCACUAGACAUGGUUGCCUUUUCCCUGAAGCAGACGAUAAAAAAUGUUGAUGCAGAUGAGGAUAGUGACAGUGAAGAAAGCAAAGUUGGAGAGUGGUACCCCAGAGAGAAGAUUAGCUAUGCUAGACGCAAGUUAGAGGGGGGCAAUCCAGCUUUUAUCAUCAGAGAUGAAUUCCACCUUGGUGCUACCUAUAACAACCAUAAUGUAUUCCCAGAGUCCUACAAGAAGGCAUUUGACAGUGUAAUACUGGGCGCAUCAAACAGUAAAAGAGACGGUUAUCAGAGUUUCAGAUCUAAACUCCCCGAAAAAGGACUAAGUGUGGAGGAUCAAGUUAAGGCAUUGAUAGACCAAGCGAUUGAUCCAAACAUAUUGGGGAGAGUGUAUGGAGGAUGGGAACCAUGGGUUUAACAAUGAGUGUAUUAUGUCCACCCCAUUUUGGACGAGUUUAGGCAAACACCAGGAAAAUUAUUUUGCAAAUCUAAUUGAUGCAAUCAAGGAAGAUACAGAGAACUUAUAAACGUGAACAUCUUAAAAUAAUCUCCCUCUAAUACAUGUACAUUUAAAUUAAGGUUUAAUAGAUUAAGAGCAAUAAAGGGACAGAGUUCACUGUAUAUAAAUAUUAAUGGCAAAGAGUUAUGUGUCAUAAGCUGUGGAGUAUCUUUUCUCUGUUCAACUUUUUACGUUUCAUACUCACUGAAUCUCACAAGGGAAUUGUAAAAACAAGUUUAAUUAUUGUUUGAACAUGAAGUUUCUCAAAAGUUCAAUGGCUGAUAUAAAGUUUGUACUAUCAAAGAUUUUUAUAUUCUACAAAUUUCUUCCAUACACUACCAGCUCUAGUAUGUAGGCCAAUAAACAUACAUACAUGUAUAUGCUACUACUGUAGUA